UUAAAUAGGAUUAGAAAAAAAGCAGAAUAUGAGGAAUUGGGAUCCGAGAAGGAGAAAGAGAAGAAGAAGGAGAAGAGGGUGGGUUGUGUGGUUGUGGGAGACUGGCCGUGCCUCUGUCUGUGAUUGUCACAGUCGUGGCUACGAGAGGUGGGCUCCGUUGCCGGUUGCCUGGGUCAGGUCCUGGGUUUCCCCUUUUAUAUUACAGUUUACAACCACUAAUCCAUGUUCGCCAUUUUCUAGUUUCUUCUUCCUCUUCUUCGGCCCACAGCCCUUCAUUCUCUCUCUCUCUCUUAGUUUUUUUUUUACCUCGUUCGAGACAUUGGUAACCUGAAAAGAUUCUCUAAUUCCGCUUCACGAUUUCUUCGAAAAAAGCUCUUUCAUUGGAAUUGUUCAGAAAUCCAACGCGUUUGCCUCCUUGCUCGAUUGAGUUGCUUUUGUGAGGUUUUAUGCAUCAACACCUGAAAGCAAGAAACUCUGAUACUCAAUUGAUACGAGAGUGCUAGUUUAAUCAGCAUGUCAUUCAAAAGCUUAGUUCGCGAGCUCAGAGAGAUGAAAGAAGGCAUUGGCAACAUAUCAAGAAGAAGGAUAAUGGGAAAGCUUAAUCAUCGGAGGAGUAAGUCACACAUUGCCCCUGAAGGGUCUUCGUCAACGGUUUCAUCGUCUUGGACUUGUUCUGCAUUGGUUCAGCAGGGCCGGUGGGCGAACUUGCCACCUGAGUUGCUUCUUGACAUAAUCCAACGCGUAGAAUCCAGUGAGACCACCUGGCCUGCUCGGAGGGAUGUGGUUGCUUGUGCCUCUGUUUGCAGGUCGUGGAGGGAAAUUACUAAAGAAGUCGUCAAAACUCCUGAGCAGUCCGGGUGGCUUACUUUUCCCAUCUCACUCAAGCAGCCGGGGCCAAGAGAUUCUCCGAUUCAGUGCUUUAUUAAGAGGGAAAGAGCGACUUCAACAUUUCGACUGUAUCUUGGUUUAACUCCUGCUUUGGCUGGCGAUAUGAGCAAACUGCUGUUGGCGGCAAGAAAAAUCAGACGGGCAACAAGUACAGAAUUUGUGAUAUCCCUGGCUGCAGAUGACUUCUCUCGAACAAGCAGUAGUUACAUUGGAAAACUAAGAUCUAAUUUUUUGGGCACAAAGUUCACCAUUUACGAUAGUCAGCCUCCAUGUGACCCUGUGAUCCAAACAAAUUGUAGAUCGCGGAGAAGAAUUCAUUCAAAGCAGGUAUCUCCAAGGGUACCUGCUGCUAAUUACAAUGUUGCCACUAUAUCAUACGAGCUUAAUGUUCUGCGUACAAGAGGCCCAAGGAGAAUGCAGUGCACCAUGCAUUCAAUCCCCAUUUCUUCAGUACAAGAAGGGGGAGUUGCCCCGACUCCAACGGAAUUCACAAAUGGCCUUGAAGAGCAAUGUUUUUCAUCCCCAUUGUCAGUUUCAAACGCAAAGAAGCCACUUGUUGAGUUGAGCUCCAGUAAUCUCACAGACUCUAUGGACUUGGUUCAGUGCACAAGGGAUCCUCUUAUUUUGAAAAAUAAAGCUCCAAGAUGGCACGAGCAGUUGCAAUGCUGGUGCCUUAAUUUCAAGGGACGAGUUACGGUGGCAUCAGUGAAGAAUUUCCAGUUGGUGGCAGCUGCUGAGCCUUGCCAAAAUGUUUCAGCAGCUGAGCAGGAAAAGGUGAUACUGCAAUUUGGAAAGAUUGGGAAAGACAUAUUCACAAUGGACUAUCGGUACCCUCUUUCUGCUUUCCAAGCCUUUUCAAUCUGCCUAAGUAGCUUUGACACGAAACCUGCCUGCGAAUGACCAUUACAUACUGGUCAUCUAGAAACUAAACUGUAAAUAUCUUUUGAAACUAAGCACUUUAGGCUUUUGCCCUUGAUCACGAGCACAAGAAUCUUAGUUGGUCUGGCACUAGUUUAUAAUAUAUUGUCUUAUCUGAUAUGAAAGUGUGAUGUAAGUUUACCAUUUAUUUAUUUGCACUAAAGAGGCUCAGAGUUUUCGCUUAGAGUAUGUAUGUAUGUAACCUUACUUUAGCAAUUCUAAGCUUCACUUUAUGUAGCC